GCGACUUGUUUGGCAUUAGAACGGUUUACCGUGGCUGCUGUUGACUAAAGUUUCUUAACCUUAUAACUAUAUCUCUUUUUAAUUUUGGUUUUUAGGUUGUUCUUCAAGCAGUACUUAAUUCCACACACUAACUUUGCAUUUUAUUUUCCCCGUCAGUGGCAUGUUACGUUUGUAGUUUUGGAUGUGAACGCGAUUCUCCAACGUUUUCAAAGGUUCUGUAGCAGAAAGUUAGCUAACCUUGAACAAACAAGUCACUGAACGCUCAAGGACACACCAUAUUUUAUGGUUAAAGCUGGGAAAGUUUAGAAUGAGUUCUCAACGGGAGCAAGGUGGACACUCACCGAGACUGGAGGCUGUGAUUCAGAGGUUGGAGGAGACCUUGCUUCACUCAGAUGGCAGCUCAGGAGAGAGGAGUCUGACACUACAAGGUGAUAAAGAAGAAUCCAGGGCCACUCCUUUUCCUAUCUCCACUCGCAUUUGUGAGAUCAUUACCCGCCACCUAGCUGAACAGCCAACUGGUGAGAGCUUUGAGGUUAGCAAGCUGGAGGAGAGCAGUGCCCUGGGGGAGCAUUCUUCUCUCAGCCAGAUGGACGGCGACCAGCCACUAGUCAAACAAACCAGUCUCACAGAGAGGGCCCACCUGGACUCAGCUGAGCAUCAGAAGCGUGUUGAACAGGAUCUCAACAUUGUUAUCCAAAAACAGUCUGCUCAGCUGCAGGAGGAGCGAAGCCGGAGUGCCAGCCUAAGCCAAGUGAACUCUUGGCUGCGGGAACAACUGGACCAGGUAGACACUGUCAACAAUGGGCUAGUGGAGAGCUUACUGAAGGCUCGCAAAGAAGCUCAGUGGUUUGAAACUCGACUGCGCGGAGAGCGAGAGACGUACGCCUCCCGGUCAAGUCAUGAACAGGCUCGUGUCAGGGCACUGUGGCGCCAGGCCACCUCCCUGCGGAGCACUUUCACCCAGCUAAAGACUUUCACUGACAGAGCUCUGUCUGAUAUGCGAGGCGAGUGUGUUGCUGUUUGUCAACUGCUACAUGUUGCAUGUAAAAAGCUAGAGGCCAGGGCACCAGAAAAGAGCCCUGGUUGUGGGUCAGAAAUGUUAGUACAAGAGAUCCAGCUGAAGAACAAGCUGAAGGAGACCAUGCAACUUCAGGUUCGUUGGGAUGCAGAAAAAGUUGAACUUAACUGCAGAAUCUUGGAGCUGACUGACACCUUGAACCACUUCCAGAACCAGAACAGCGAAAAGGAUGCAAGCCUCCACACCAUGCGAGUCUGUCUGGAGAAGAUGGAGACCAUGAGAGCAGAGGAUAGAGCAGAGAUGGCUAUACUCCACACAGAGGUUCAAGCUCUCCAAACCAUUUUGUACCAGAUUCAUCAGUUGGUUAGCAGUGAGGGUGGGAACUCUGACUCUGAAAAUAUGUCUGCCUCACCUCUCCUUGGCACGUUUCCACCAAAGAGUACCCUUAUUGCUGUGCAGAAUGUGCUCUCCAAGCAUCUUCAAGAAUCACAGGAGAUGGAUGCUCGUUUGAAGGCUGCUCUGGUGCAAGUGGACACAUUUAAAGAUCAGCUUCAGCAGAAGUAUGCUGAGAGGACCAAGUUGGAGCAGACAAUCCAGGACAUACAGAGAGAACAUCAGGAGGCUAAAAAAGCCCUGGAGGAAAGCCUCAAAGAAAACAACAGAAGUCGCUGCACACUGGAGCUCAUCAUUAAUGAGAAAGGGAGCCUGGAGAAGCUGCUUUCUGGGCUGCAGCAGGAGGUGGACUCCCAGCGAGGAGAGCAGAAUGUUCUGAGGAGUUCGUCACCGGACCUCCAGAGACAGCGAGACCUCCUGAGGCAGCAGAGGGAGGACCUGGAAAUGCAGCUGUCACGCCAGCACACGGAAGCCUGCAGAGGAGAAAAGGCUUUCCAGGAACUUGAAAGAAGGUACUCUGAUCUGCGGAGUGAACUUAUUACAGUGAAGGAAUCUCUGGAUCAAAUCACUCUGGAGAAAGAGAUGUUGGAGGAUGAAAACACCAGCCUUUCUUUGGCUCUAAACAAGAUGGAGUGUCACAGUGCUGCACAGGAGAGUCUUCUGAUCAAACUGCAGAGUCAACUCACUACCCUAAAAGAUUCUCUCAUUAAAAUGGCUGCCCUUAGUGAAGGUUUAGCCACAGACAAGGUGGAGCUUAAUCGCAUUGUACUUCAGACAGAAGGUGAGAAAAUGGAGCUUAGUGAACGUAGAUGUGAAGCUGAAGGGAAGAAAGCAGCAGCCAGAGAGGAUGCAUCACGGGCACAAAAGGAGAUGAUAAACCUGCUUGCUGAAAGACAAGCCUUUGAAAGCUCCCACGUUCAGUUACAAGAUCUCUGUCAGAAACUAGAAGUGGAACUGAGCCUCCUGCACAGGGAGAAAGCCGAGGCCCUGGAGAAGCAAUUGGAGGCCAAAAGGCAGAUGCAGACUCUACAAGAGCAACUGUGUGCAUGCAGCAAGGAGUUAGAUGAAAGGACUACCGCUGUAAAGAGAGCUACCCAAGAUAGGGAGGAGCUUGCCAAGGACAAGGCUGCUCUGGAAGUGAAGCUAAACUGUGCUGACCGAACAGCCUGCAGUCUCACGCAGCAGCUUGUUGCACUGAGAGCAGAGAAGAACUCCCUGGAGACAGUUAUAUUUGAGAGCCAGGAGCUUUCCACUUCCCUGGAGGCCGAGCUCACCAGGUUGGAGGGCGAAAGAUGCAGCUUGAAUCUGGCUAACGAGGCCUUGACGCGUGAUGCUGCCCAGAUGCGUGUGGAUGCUGAGCAACAGUUACAGCAAGCUGCAAAACAACUAAGAAUGUUCGAGGAGAAAAUGGCUGAGGUGGAAAGGAAUGCCCUUUUAAUGCUGAACAAUACAGAACAAAUUCACAGAGGGCAGCUGGAAGCUGAACAUAAACAAACGGAGCAGCAAUUUGCAGAGCUCAUGGUUCAACAGCAGCAGAUCGAGGAGCAGCUGCGCACACAGUGUGAGGAGCUGCGUGUGCACAACCAGAGGGCGCUGCAGCAGGUGCAAGAUGAGCUGGCAAAGCUGCAGAAGGAAUUCAACCAAAGCCUCCAGCAGGCUGAAAGUGAAAAGCAACAGUAUUGUGUUCAGGCUUUGUUCCAGCAGGAAGCUGAAAAAGCUGCCCUCACAGACAAAAUUGCAUCCCUACAACAGGAUCUGGCCUUAGCCAGCAUGGGCAUGGAGCGCAUACAGAGGGAAGCGCUCAGCAAACAAGAGCAGGAGAAGAAUUCAGAAAUUGUUAAGUGUAAGCUGAAGGACUUACAAUAUCAGUUUCAAGAAUCCCUGACCUUUCAUCAGAGUACUAGGAAAAGUCUCAUUGAGCACAUCAGUGAACUGAACCAACAGAAAGAACAAGCAAAACAAGAGUUAGAGGGUCUUCGUCAUCAGCUGCAGGAGACAGAAGAUAGUCUGCUUAAAGGACGAAAAGAUCUCACUGAGGCUCACAGAGAGCUUCAAUGCUGUGUGCAAGAGCAAGACAAAUUACGCAAAGAAACACUAGAACUGAGGCGAGUGCUGGAUGAUGAGACCAGAGAAAAAGACGCCAUCCAGGUUUCUAAUCAGGACCUUAGAGCUUUCAUCAAAAGAGUGGAGAGGGACAAUAACAGCCUGAGGCGAGCAUUGCAGGAGAAAGACCAUAAUGAGUCCAUCUUGGAAGAAGGUAGGAGCUCAACACACGAAGAAGCAACCACUCUUAGAAGCACUAUGAGGGAGCUGGAGAAGUCUCAUCUGCAGGCACGCAGAGAGCUGCAAGAGCUACGUAGACAGAUCAAGGUCCUUGAAAGCAAUAACAGACAACAGGACCAGGAGCUCCUGGAGCUGCAGGACCAAGUAUGUCAGAAGGAAUUCAGGAAAGAGGAGGCACAACACGAGGUGUUUGCGCUCAAUCACAGAAUACUCGAGUGUGAGGCUGCCAAGGAGGCAGCACUCAUUGAGGUUUCAGGUCUGCAGCGUUGUGUGAGGGAACUGGAAACAGCUAAUCAGCAAAGCCAAGAGCUGCUGCAUGAAAAAGAAGCCUAUCAGCAGCAGAGUGACCAGAGGCACAGAGAAACCACAGCUCAGCUUGAGGAAGUGCUGGAGGACUCCAAGACCCAAAUCAAUGAACUUUCUGUAAAACUCAGGUUGACUGAAAAUAGGACUCAAAGCCUGCAGGAGCAGCUAAAUCUGAGCAAAGCUAAAUGUUGUGACUUGGAGCACCAGCUGACAGGGCUGUUUGCUGCUCUUCACUGCACUGUUGGUAUCAACCAGAAGCGGCUAUGUCACAAACGUGGGUCAAAACACAGAUCUCCCACGCCCUCAAGAAGAAAUUUCCAUACGAAAGAGGAAGAGUAUGGGUCAGAAGAAUCUGGAAUGUCCUUGCUUAAUUCUGAAGAAAUAAAUGUGACAUCUGUGCAAACAACUCUACAGGAGUUCAUGAAAGGACUCAAGGAUGCCCAAAGAGAAAGGGAUGAAGCCCAGGCUCACAUAGUUAGUUUGAGUCAACAUGUGACUGAACUGAAGGCCUCUCAGGAGAAGUCGCUCAACCAGAUGCUGGAGCUACAGAGAUCCCUGAGGCUAUCAGAGGAGCGAAAACAAGAAAUGGCACAACAGUUGCAUAAGUUGCACGCUUCCCUUACCCUGCAGCAUGACGUAGCACAUUGUAAAGAGAAGAAAAGCAGAAACCUUGAGGUCCAGUUGGCUCAGCUCAAGACCACUCUGCAAGCUAGUCAGACUAAGUCCAGGUCAUUACAGGACAAGUUGGAGUUUUUGCAGGGCUUAGAAACGGGUGCAAAUGCCGAAAAGCAGAAACUCAAAAAGUCUCUGGAGGCAGCAGAAAGCAGAGUGAGCCGCCUGGAGCUUUCUCAGUGCACCCUUCAGGGUGAGCUACAGAGGGCCCACCUCAGAACAGCAGAGCUGGAUGCAGAAACUGGGGUACUCCAGGAAAGACUUACAGAUACAAGGAAAAAACUGGGUGAGAGUGAAGAUCGAUGUGCAGCGCUAAAGGUCAGUGAGGAGAGGCUGGCCGUGUCACUGGCUAGAGCUGAGCAGCAUGAGAAUAUGCUGAGAGAGCAGGUUCACAUGCUUUCAAAUACCAUAAGUCUGAACAGGAAGAACACUGAAGAUCUGCAGGAGCAGGUAACAGAGCUGCAAAGGGCUCUGGCUGCUAGCGAGGGGGAUCGAAGGCUGUUGCAGGAGCGUUUGGAUAAAACACGGGAUGCACUUUCAGAAAGUAAGAGAGUGAACUACGCACUCACUGAGCAGACCCAGAACCUUAAAUCAGUACAAGAAGAAUCAUAUGUUGGAAUUUCUGAGCUGGAGAAAUGUAACAGGAUGCUGAAGGAGAGUCUGAAGCAACAGGAGGAGGCCCAACUACAAACUUCCAUGCAAAUCAAAAGAGAGAAGAAGGAACUCCAAGAAAAGCUCACCAACCUGCAGAGCUCUUUGCAGAUGCUUCAGAAUGAGAAAGCCAAGAUGGAGAAGGUGUUGGCACACCUCAGUAAAGACAAGUCUGCACUUAGAAAGACACUAGAGAAGGUGGAGAUGGAGAAACUCAGGAAAGAAGAGGAUGCAGUAUCUGUUGCCAGGGAGAUAGCACAGCUGGAGCAGGCACUCCAAAGCCUGGAGAAAGAACUGUCUGAAGAGCAGAGAGUAGUUCAGACUCUCAAGGUCCAGAUCUCAGAGUUGGAGCAUGCUCAUGCACAGCACCUCCUGGAGGUGACAACCCAUCAUCACAAGGAACUGAAUUCAGAGACAGAGCGCCUGAGGAACAGUCAGCUCGAGGUAGAGCUAGCCUUGGAGACCAGAGAGAUGGCACAUCACCAAAGGGUCAUAUUACUUGAGGAACAGGUACUGACUCUCAAAGAGCAGCUUGAUCACGAGACAAGAAGGCGUCAGGAAUAUUUCAUUCAGAUGCUAUGACCUGGUGUGUAGGCAGUGAAGUAUGUGGCGCCGCUGUCUAAGUCCUUCACUAGCCUCCUGGCAGCUUCCCAACAACUGUAUGUGUCGAGCCGCAACCAUACUUGGAAUCACGCAGACACACUCCCAAGGCGUUCAUAGCCACCCUGCAGCACAUGUGCACCCAGGAUUACAAUAAUCUGGAGGAAAGCUCAACAACAGCAAACAAUAAGCAUAUUGUUUAUAAGUGAACUGGAUGUGCCAAACUGUUUGUAGGAUUUUUGUGUGGCUCAGAGAACUUUGUCUGUCUAAUCAUGCAGGGAUGGUUGUGAUGAAACCUUUUAUUAGUUGGUACUUUUUAUUUUGAUUUGAUUAUUUGUUGCUAUUGUUAGGUACCUAUUUUUAUGACAUCAUCCCAUUUAUUGUCUAAUGAUCCAAAUCAGAAUAACUAAUGAAUGCAAAUAUUGUGUUUUUGAAGGUUUUGCAUCAUGUGUAAUAUCAUGAAAAAUAUUGUCAUGUGCUGUAUUUGGCUAAAUAAAUACUAACAUCUUAAAACAUUUUUAUCAUUUAUAGUCAAUGAAGAUUGUAUCCCUGCACACCUACAUCAGACAUCCUUGCUC